UGUGAUGGUGGCUUUAGUGGCUGUCGAACCCCCCUCGAAUCUGCGCCUUGUCUGGAGUUGCGCGCGUUGGUUUUGGCACAAUGCCAGCCAGUGAACGAGCGAUUAGACAGUGGUCAAAUUUUUGCGGCAAGUGAACCCUCAUCACCGGACGUCUAAUUUCAAGAAUUGCGCGCUACUCCUAAAACUGGAAAAGAAUCCAUGCGCAAAGCCAUCAAGUUUUCGAAGCCUGCACAUUCUCUCAAUCGGGCUGCUCGCGACGGCUCCUUUGAAAAACCCCAUGGGCCACGAGUGACCCAUGCUCUGACAAGUCUCCAACUUUCGUCCGUGCAGGCUGCAGAGACAUCCUGGAGGCUGGAGUUCCUCUGUCGCUCGCGCGAGUCGCGGACUUUCGACGAGUGGGCUUAUCUAAGCUUCACCCACCUGAGUCAAGUCGUUCAUCAAAACGCCAAUCAACGACGAUCUGCCGUUUGAGAUCGACCCUAUGCAGAUGACAGAUGGGCCUUAGUAAGGCUAUAUUUUUAAACGCCAUGUCAUUGAAGUCGAUCUUCACGUUUCACUUCGAUCGCUCGCCUAUCGCGCCUGGAACCAGGGUGCCGGAUCACCAGUGUUCCUGAAGAAUCGUUUGAUCGAGCAGAUUUGCAUACAAGGCAGUGUCAAUCGUCAACAUUGCCAUGCAUUUUCGUGGAGUUUCUACCAGGCUUGACCCAGAUGGCCUAAUGUCGAAUUGGUUAGUGGCUUAUAACUAGUAGUUUGCAUUUCUCAACCGGAACCCUAAGGCAGCGUUUUCGGCGUCAGAAAACAGGGCAAGCCUGCUGGAGGCGAUGGCUUCAGCUGCUGCACAGUGCAAUGUGCACGGACGUCGCGGGAAGUUGGGAGGCGACUCGAACCCCCUGAUGUCGGCUAGAAUCAUAAUUGGACAGGUUUUCUGAAUAUACUGGGC